UAUCCGGUGAAUGGACAGAAUAAAACCUUCAGAAAAAGACGAGCCGCAGAGGCUGACACAACCUUUAUACUCGUUCUAAAGGAAGUUAAGACAUAGGGAAGAAAAUGUGGUGUUUUAUUUCGGAGCCAAACGGGAUAAUUCACGAAAUAUUCCUUCCGAAGAAUGCAGUAGGACAAGAUUGUUUAGAGAAGGUUUGCGAAAAGCUAAAACUCGUCGAAAGAGACUAUUUUGGUUUGAAAUUCGGUGGCGCGAAAGGAACACAGUUUUGGCUGAAUUUGAGAAAUUCUAUGUCAUCGCAGCUCACUGGGAAACCACCGUAUCGACUGCAUUUCUUGGUAAAAUUUUUCGUCAAACCACAAGAACUUCAGCAAGAAAUUACACGACACCAGUAUUAUCUUACUUUAAAGAACUUUAUAAACGAAGGAAAGUUAGAUUUGUCUUCCGUUCAAACGAAAACUAUUGCCCGAUUAUGCGCUUUGGUUGCUCAUAUAGAGAGCGGAGAUUUCAGCCAGGAGCGGGUGGCAAAAUAUUCAUCGUAUAUUCCCAUUUCUGUUUAUAACGACUACGCCAAAACCUCCAACCUUCAAAAGGAUGCAGCAAUUGAACACAGCAAGUUAGUCGGCGUUCCCGUCAGCGAGUCAAAAAUUGAAUUCUUGCACAUAGCUUGCAGUAUUCACGGCUACGGGAUUGAGUUAUUUCACGGAAGAUUGAGCGACGAUAAAACGCUCAAGAAGGUAGAAAUUCACGUUGGAAACGAUGGUAUACGUGUCUUCAGCAUUAACCAUGAAUUCGAUCUGAAACAAGGAAAAGACGUUACGAGAAGAAUUCUCGAAAAAAGGGUUUCGUUUGAAGAUGUCUCCACUGUAUCCUACAACAAUCGCUCAUUUACUGUUGUCCACGGGGGAACUGGACCUCAGGCGCAGCGAGACACUUACAAGAUGAAGUGCGAAAGCGAUGCCGUAGCUUUAUUCCGGACUUUUACGGAGUUCCAUACGUUUUACCAGUGCAACACUGUCAAACGAUCCGUUAUUGAUCAGUGUACAAGGACUCUAGCUGGUCGGCUGUUUUCCAUGUUUGUACCGCGUAAUGAGUUUGGUAGGAUUUUCCUGUUCGACGUGCAGCGCACGCGUCGCCAAGCCUACAGUCACGCAUGGGGUGAACUCAAUUCGUGCCGCAUGAUUGACAUGGCAAGUUCCACCUCUGGAAGUUUGCGUUCAUCUCCUGGGUCAGCGGAGUACCGCCCAGUCCAGUCCCCUCUCUCUCAACGGAGAUUUUACAGCACCAAGAGAUAUGAUGAAGCAGGACCAUCAAGGGGUGAAUGCCGGAGAGCCUUUGUUGAGAGAGAGUCCAUGGAGAACAUGACUCCAGAUCAACUCAAGGUUAUGGUGCGACACCUACAGGACGCCAGAAUCUGCCAGAUCUGCAUGGAUAGUGAGGUUGCGACUGCCUUCUGCCCCUGCGGCCAUGUGGUUUGUUGUGUGGAGUGUUCAUCCAUGUGUAAAGAGUGCCCAUUAUGUCGAAGUCAGAUUACUUAUGCUCAACGAGUCUUCUUUCCUUGUGAGUAAAAAUGGUACAAUGUAUUGGUCCGGCAGCAAAUGAAGUUCGUGACACUUACAUGAUCAUACGGUCGAUGAUUUAAUUCAAUGGCCACAAUGGGGCUGACAUCAUCAACUACACUACAGUAGUCUAGUAUUAUGUACGAAGUUUAAGUCUACCACGGAGUGUCAGUAAAAAGCCCAAACUAAUUUUAAAGUUCAACUUUUUAACAUUGCCGUGCCAUUGCAAAGAACGUGGAUUUUGCACUUAAUUUUUGAGAAAAUCGUUGUUUAUUUCGGUUCAAGUAACGUCAAUGAUAGGUGAAAAGAUCAUGUUUAAUACAACAAGAAUUUCAAAAUGUCCAAAGGACUUUGACGAUUUCAUUAGCCUUUUGAAAGAAUUUCAGAAAAACGAGUUUAAGUUAAAUGCAUUCUGGCCGGACUUUAAGAUCCUCGAGGAGAUAAAAAUUUAAGUUGUAUAUUAAAUCACUUUUCUUAGUCAGAUGAUAUAAUUUAGUAAGAUAACGUCAGUUGAUUAGGAAUUGGCUCUCGAUCAACAUUUAUUAAGGUUUUGUACAAGCUAAGUGGCGUAAUUUCAUAAUUAAUGUAGAUGUCAAUAUAAAGAAUAGAUAGAUAUUUCUUAAUGUAAUUAAAAAAAUAAUCUCAGUAGUUAAAGAUGUAGCCAGUUAGCGAACUCUCACGUGAAUGGUGGGGGCGUGAAAGAGGAAAGCGUAAAAGUUACUUAGAGGCUGCUAAAAACAUGACUUUUUCAACUAUUUUGGAACGAUAUUUAGUGAGAGAGGUGAACAUCAUGCCUUAUUUGGAGGACUUAGAACAGAAUUUAGUGAAUUGGUAGCUGAGCUGUUGCACGAAUAUUGUGUUGCGAUCUUUUACAAAAUGGAUUUAGGCAUUCAGUUUUCUCAGUUGAAGUGAGUAUGUGGUGGGGCAAUUUAAAACUGCCUUUUUAUGUGGACAGCGUACGAGUGCCUGUCGUUAAAGGAGCUUUAUGAUUUAAGUCGUUUUUGCGACAAAUUAAAAUUGCCUUUGUAGUGGGGUAGAAAAGCAAACGGCAAAAGUAGAAGCGGUGCCUUAGCACCUUUGGAGUUUGUAUGGAACUCUUGCUUUAUUGUUAGCUUCAUUUUUGCGUAGAAAAGAUUCAUCUUUAUAUCAGUAUGGCUAUUUGUUUUGUUUUCUAAAAAAGGGUCAACAUGUGACUCGCUAGUAUGUACUAUCGUUAUUUAUUUUGUGUUAAAGCACUUAAGGUGAUUCCUCAGUAUUGCACUGCGCAUCCUGUACCGCGUCUAAAAAUCACGUAAUCAGACGAUUAAGCGCGCACGCAUUCUGAGAAUACAGUAUUGUUUUUCAAUCGAUAGACCAAGUAAAGAGGUACGCUGGUCUUUAGCUCUUGAACAAGAACGGUGACCUAUAUUUUUUUUAUUGCAUAAUUUUGUGUACAAAAUUAUCUCCUUUAAAUUGGGGAAAUAAAAAUUAAAAUCAUCAGGGGAAAUAAGACAGAGCUAAAAGCGUUCAAGAAGACCGUCACGCGAUGAUGCAAACUUUAACCUUACACAAACGACUUCAGGAGCGCUUUGAGUCGAUGUCGUCUAAAAUCCGUGAUUUUUCCACAAGUCUUCCACUUGAAUAAGCCAGGGGACACUAUGUUUUUAAUUGUAUAAUUUCGAAACAGACAUUGGUAGGGAAUAUUUAAGGAAAGUCUAAACAAAAUUGUUCGAUAACUUUUUUCCUGAGGAAUCACCUUAAGUUUAUUUAACAGUUUAUAUUGCUAGUAAUUUAACGGACACUUGAUAUUGAAAUACUUGUUGAGAGAGUUGCACUUUGAAGGUCAAGUACAGAGUAGGAAACUCUCCAAUUUCUCACUUACUUUUUGAGUCUUCUAGUCCGAUGAAAUUUUUGAGUCUCUCAGUCCAGUUAGAAUAUGUAGAUUUUUAAGAGAAAUAAUUCUAAUUCCAUAAUAAAAGU